AUGACCAAGUAUCGCUAUUUCAACGAUUCCCUUCUUUUGCAGAUCUAUGCUCUUUACAAAGGAGACGACGUUCUCCGUUUGGAUGCCGAGUGUGCUGAAGGGGACAAUCCACAUCCAAAGAAUGCCCUUCAAGGCAAUUUAUACGCAUUGUGUCUGAUUGGAAUGGCACAGCAAAAGUUCAUGAAAAUCAUCUGCUACAGGAUAUUAUUUGUCGUUGGUUUUGUCGAUGUUAUCAGCCUGGUUCCAAGCUCCAUUUUGCCGGGCUAUUUUCUGGUGAUGGGCUACUCAUUUUGCGACAGUCCACUGCUGAAUCUCUGGAUUGCAAGUUUGUGCUUCACCAAUUGGUGCGUCUAUUGUGCGUUGAGUGUGGUGUUGGCGCUGAAUCGCUGUGUCGAUUUUAUGGGUCCCCAGUUGCAACAGACACUAUUUGGCGGGUGGCGACUGCUGGCGUGGAUUCUCCCACCAUUCAUCUACGGAGCCGUCGUCUACUUCACUUGUCCUCCACUCGUCUAUCUCACCGCCACGGCCAGCUAUUAUUUUGCGGCAAAGCCCGAGCAUUCCAUUAUGCCAGGGAUAUUUUUAUAUAACAACGUCGGUGUGUCGAUUUGCAUCUUGUUUUUGAAUAGCCUCAUGCUGAUUUUGAUGUAUCGAUCACAUAAAAAGAUGAAUGCGAACACGAGCAAAAUACAAAAAGUCAUUGCUAUUCAAUGCUUUGGCAUUUCCACGACGGUGAUGAUCACCGGCAUUUUCUAUUGUACAAUCGCCUCGGGAUUCAUCGAGCUUCCCCCAUUCAUGUACCUUGUCACCAAUGGCUUAUGGCAAUUCUCGAAUAGUUCGAUGGCUAUUUUCUACAUGAUGGUUAACAACGGUGGGAAGUUUGAGCAGCAUGAAACAGAAGAACAAACCUGGAGAAAAGUCUGGCAAAAUCUCCCAAGUAAAGCCGGCGAUUUCCGUUCAUUUCUGACUGGACUAAAGCCACUGGUGAACAAAGAAAAGUGGCGAUUCGCUGUUUCGACUUUUGAAGCUAAUUAUGAGAUUUUAGAUGAUCCAACUGUUGACGAUUCUGCUACAGCAAAAGCUCAAAUGAUUUAUGAUGAACUUCUCCUCUGGACACGAAUGCAAAAAGAUUGGAUUGAGGAUUUCUUAGAGUCGUAUAUGUGUACAAACAAAUUAUGCAGAAUGGUGAACACUUUCAAGAAAUUGCGUGACUUUGUGUUGAGUGAGAAGGAACCGGAAGUGUUAGUGAAAUCUUUUCGACAAAAACAUCCCAAUGUUGACUCUUCAUUUCUCUAUGAUCACGCAAAUGUGAUUCAAUUGAUGAUUUAUGAUGUGGAUGAUCCAGAAGUGAAAGAUGAGGAGAAGAAUCGACGACAGGGAAGGAUGAGGGAGUUGAACACCUUGCUUGGAGGAUAUAAAGCAAAGAAUGCGCUAAGCGAGUGUGAUUUACCUGAAGAAGUUCUCUGCUCUCUAUUCACGAAAGCUGUAAAAGUUUUAACAGAGAUUCUCGGCGAGGAUCAGUUCAAUCAGUUGUACGAAACGUUGAUCGAGGGAUAUAAAAUUUCUCAAAAUCCUCAAGAUAUUCUACAAUUAUUUGGAGAUGAUGUCUCGGGUCGUGACAUGCAAGAUUACAACAACAGCUUCACAAAUCUUGUUUAUGUAUUUGAUAAAGUAAAAGAAACUACCGGUAGCCUGGAAAUUCUCGAAGCAAAAUUGAGAAGACCGGAAGAAAAAAUUCUCGUUGCCGAACUUCUACCAUCGGUAGCGACAUCAGAGUACACAAAGGAAGAACUU